UCUGGGGGGCAGUUUAAACCAGAGGGGCUGUAGUCUGGGGUGUGCAUAGGUUAGGGUGUGCAUAACUUAGGGGGAACACAGCCUGGGGUGUGCAUAACUCAGGGUUUGGACAGCCUGUGGUGUGUGUAACUCAGGGUUGGAUGUGUGUGACUCUUGGGGGUCUGUGUAAACAAGGGGGCCUGUCGUGUGGGGUGUGCAUAGCCUGGGCUAUAGGUUGGGGUGUGUACAGUUUUGGGUGUGCACAGUUCGGGGUGUGCACAGUUCGGGGUGUGCACAGCUGGGAUGUCCCUGUCCUGCCGUGCCUGUAGCCCUGCUGUGCACAGCCACGGGUGCACAGAAACUCAGGGUGCACCCCACGGGGGGAGGGCCCUUAGGCUGGGGUGUCCCAGCCCUGCUCCGGGUCCUGUGCCCCAGGCUCAGCCGUGGCCCCCCCCUUGGCCGGUGUCCCCCCAUCGCGGGGGUUGCGGAGGAGCCCCGGGGGGCUCUGGGGCUGCGGCAGCGGCGAGUGCCGGUGCCCCGGCGGUGGGGAGGGGGCCGAGGGGGCUGCUCCGGUGCCCGCCCCUCCGCCGCUAUUGGCGGAAAGUUCGGGGCGCGCCGCGGGGCGGUGGCCGCGCUGCCCCGUCCCCGCCGCCCCGGCCCCGGUGCGGGAGCGCUGCGGGCAGGGCCGGGCCGGGCCGGGCCGCCCGGGGCCGCCGCGGGCGCGGCCAUGUGGGCGCUGCGGGCGCUGUGCCUGGCCGGGCUGGGGGCGGCCAUCGGCGGCGUCUCGGCGGACCAGUGCAGCUGGAGGGGCAGGUAGGCACCGGGAACACCGGCACUGGUAGCGCCGGGAUCGGGAACACCCACACCGGGAACACCACACCGGGGGCAGCGCGCCGGGAGGGAUGCGGGAUGGCACACGCGGGUUCGCAGCCCCCCGGGGAGCUCCCGCCGCCCGGGCAGGGCAAGUGCAGGGAACAGUGGGGUGGCUGCUCCCCCCAGCCCCAUCGGCCCCCAGGGCUGACCCCCCUCCUGGAUCAGUGGGGAGGGUCACGGGUGGGAUGUGGAGACCUUUCCCUGCCUCAGUGUCCCCUUCCUGGGUGCGACUGACCAUCCCCCCCCCGAGGGAUGCUGGUCCCCCCACGGAGCUCCCCGCCUCUCCGGGACCCCUUUCCUCAACACCUCCACCCGUGAAGCCCAUCCCGGUGGCCGGCGGGACCCUCAGCCCCGCGGCAGGGCCCGAAGCACCGCCCGAAGGCGCCGAACUCCGAACAAAGAGCCAGAGCCCUCCAGGAGGGGCUGCCCCACGCGGGGGGCUUGGGGGACCAUGGGGGCCACACAGCCACCAGCAUCCUGGCUGGGACAAAGCAGCCCCCCGGUUGUCCCCGCUCCCCCCAGUGGGCUGUCACAGGAGGCGGGCAGCGUGGAGCAGCUGUCCCUGCACUGCGCCGAGGGCUCUCUGGAAUGGCUGUACCCCACGGGGGCCCUUCGGCUCCGCCUGGCCCCCCGCCUGCCCCCCACCACGGCCGCCGUCAAAGGGGGGAGCCCCCGGCACAUCACCGCCUGCGUCAAACCCACCGGAACGUUCCGGGGGGCUCAGCUUUACCUGGAGAGGGAGGGGGUGCUGGAGCUGCUGCUGCCAGAGGCCCCCCGGCCCCGCGCCCGCUGUUUCAGCUGGCUGCCCCAGGAGAAGGUGGCCCUGUUCCUGCAGGCCACCCCACACCCCGACAUCAGCCGCCGCAUCGCCGCCUUCCGCUACGAGCUGCGGGGGGACUGGCUGGCCCGGCCCGCCCUGCCCGCCGCCAGCCUCGGCGCAGAGGGUGCCUGUCGGCCGUGCAACGACACCGAGAUCCUGAUGGCCAUUUGCACUAGUGACUUCGUGAUCCGUGGCAGCAUCCGGAGCGUGUCCAACGAUGCGGAGCUGCAGGAAUCCAUCAUCGGGGUGAGCGCCGCCCGCAUCCACCGCCAGAAGUUCCCUCUUUUCCAGGCAGGCGGGCGGCCGGGGCGGCCCAUGGGCAGCAUCCGCACUCCCCUGCGCUGUGGGGUCAAGCCGGGCCCCGGCACCUUCCUGUUCACGGGGUGGCUGCAUUUCGGGGAGGCCUGGCUGAGCUGCGCCCCCCGCUACCGGGACUUCCAGCGCAUCUACGAGGGGGCCCAGCGCGCGCGCCAGAACCCCUGCGAGUUCCCUGUGGACUGAGCGGCUCCGGGAGUGCCCUGCAGGACCUGGGGACCCCUGGCAAUGAGAGUACCCCGGGGGACACAGGGCUGGUGCCCAGAGGUUGCACAGGGACGGUGCCCGGAGGGAGCACAGCGCAUCCACCCUCGCCGCGUGGCCGGACUGUGGCAGCACCUGCUGGCGGGCUCGGGGGUUCUGAGAAAAUCCUGCUGCAAGAGAAGGGAUUUUCCCAGGGCGUGUUUGUCCGUGGGCACCCAGGGACCCGCCUGGGUGAGGGGUGCAGUGGCACGGGGUCGGGGCUCCCAGGGGACUGGGGUGCUGCAUGCUCAGGAGAUGCUGUGGGGCAAGUGGGGCAGGGGCAGCCGGACCCCCAGCCCCUGGCAGGGCUCGAGGGUGGGUGGCCGUGGUGGCCAGUCCAGGGACACGGUGGGCACAAUGGGGCGUGGAAGGGCCAGGAGAUGGAUUUGCAAUGUUGAGGGUGGAAGAGGGAGUGGGCAGCAGCGAGCCUGGCCCUGGCCCUGCCUGCAGUGCAGGGCACAGGCAGGAGCUGUGGAGUGGAUGCUGAGGAAGAGGAGUGAGGCCGAGGGGAGCAAGGGGAAUGGUGAGGUGGGAAGAAGGCUGAGCAGAGGUGCCCUUGGCACAGCCGGGGCAGGACCAAAGCGCCAGUGCAGGAAGGUGCCAUGGGAACAGGGAGAGGUCACUGUGCCACCCGUCACUGGCAGCCCACGGGUGACUGGCAGUGAGGCACAACGUGCCAGCAGGGGGGAAUUUUGGACCGUGGGGGUGGGGGGCAUUGUAUGUGCACUAAAGUUAUAACGAUACCAAAUUUGUGACUUUUUUUUUUUUUUUAUAAACUAAGCUGUAUUUGUAGCGUGUGGCUCUUGUUUUCAAAAAGCUGGGUGGGAUGUUCAGUGAUGG